AUGUCGUCGACUCGCUUGCCUGUCUACAUCGUUUUCGUCCAAAGCCUCCGGGGCCCCCCUCGAGGAAACUGGGAGACGGCGGCAACGGGCGCGCGCAACGGCACCGGCGAUACGACUAAGAAGUCUAAGGGCUUUCAGUACUUCCUCAAUGGACCAUCGGCCGAGUUGCCAUUUAGACUUAGAGGUGUUAGUAGGUACACGCAAGCAAUCCGGGAGUCGGACCGGUCGGCCGACGAUCUGCUUGCGCUGAUUAUUCACUGGCUACCUAGGUCUCUGGACCUUGACGACACUCUGACGCUGUUGCUCAGCUUCUCUUUCGUGAAGACGGAGGUCGGAAAUCAGGCAUUGACGAUGCUCAGGCUCGCGCAGCGGUUGAUGAGUCUAUGGCUAGAGGCGGAGAACGUGCUAGUUAACUGUGGGUGA